AUGCUCUUCUUUCUCCUCACCCCAGUCGUCCCCCUACUCCUCAGCGCCAAUGCCGCGCCGACUGCACUACUCCCUAAGCCCUCAACCCUUGACACCGCCGGCCAGAUCGUCGAAGCCCGGGCAGAUGUCAUCGCCGACAGUUCCUGCGAGGCUAAGGCGGCCUGGGCGUUGAGAGAGUACCAACGUGUUGACAAACAAUGCGAUGACUGGGGCAUCAAGGCCUUCUUCAAUAGCGAAUGUUAUUAUGCCAAGCCCAAGAACUGCUGUCCGGAAGACAAGAAGUCGAAGGAUUGUAAGAAAUUUUGGCCGCAUUGA